AUGGAGCUGAUCAGCCGCGAUUGGGCCUUUCGGCGGAACCUCUUCACCCUCAGCCGACAUUCGCCACUGAAGGCAUGGUUCUUCAAGUACAUCGUCUUUGCCGUCUUUGGAUUGCUGAGCUGCCUACCGGUGGUCCGCGCGCGGCAGUGCUGGAAACAGAGAGGGAUGCGCCCGUCCUUGGUCGACGAGAUCGAGGAGCCCAGCGCCACAGAUUCGGCGCGCUUUGACAGCCAUGUAAUGCUGGUGACGAACGUGCCCCGGAUCAUGGUGCUGCUCUACGCGUCCACUUGCCUUCUGUACUCGAGACUCCAGCUGUCUCUCCUUCUUUCCAUGGCCUUUGUGUCCCUGGUGAACGUUCUCCAAGCCGCGGUCAACUUUGACUACUACGCUUCAAGCUGGAUUCGCCGGCAGUACGACGUCACGGAGUCCGUUGCGUUCCAUGUGCUGCAUCACAGCUACCGCCUCGCAGAAUUGGCCCUGCGGCCGCGCGGACGAGCGUUGUUUGAGAAUUGCAGUAUGACAGUUUCACUAUGUGCCAUUUUGGCGGCGGGCUGGAUUGCAGCGGCAGCCACGCGUGUCGGCUCGUCGCAGGAGAUCGGAGGACAUUCCAGGCUUCGAGAUUGGACAUUGGUGGCAGAGGUGGAUAGAGCUGAGGCCUUCCGGGCGGACCACAGCCAGUGCCAGAAGCAGAUGGAGAGUUUGGACCGCCACAUCAAGGAGUUUUGUGAGGGAGUCCGCCCAUCGCUGCAAAAUCGGUCAUUGCAGGCUGUGACCUACAUGUUAGACGUGAAUGCGGAAGAAAUGGCGAAGGAUAUCAGCCGUGCAUUGUGGAAAGGUAGGCCGGAUGCUUCAAAUGGUCUGCUUUACAAUCGUGUUGGAUUUGGGUUGAAGAACCUGAUGCUGUGGAGUGGUGCCUCGCCCCAGUCGCGCAAGUUUUGGUGCAACUCGCUGGGUCUGUACAUGUUGCACGAAGGCGGUGCAGACGACCAGUUCAGGACACCUUUGGGCAGCCUUUUAGAGAUGGAGGGCGUGAAGGACUCCCAGGGCCAGAUCCUUGGCGAUUGUAGCUGGACGCAGAAGGCACCCUUGUGGCAGUCGGCCUCUGAGGCAGUCGUCCUGCAAAGUGAGGAGGGUCUUGUUCGGGUGUUGUUGAACAAGACCUUGCAGGGAGGCCCGUGGACAUUAGUGACUAGCAUCUUCUACCGCUUCGAGCUCCCUGCCCUAGCCCGGCAUCCGCCCAAAGGGGGACUCAGGAUCCUCAAUGAAAAUCCUGCGGUCAAGUGCAAGCACCUGGUGCCCUUCAUUCGCGGAAGGAUCGAGGAAACAGGUGUGCCGGAGACUUGGAAGCAGGUGGGGAGCUUCUCCUGUCUGGAUAUCCCGGGGCUUCUAGGCGAAGAGGAGGCGCAUCGAAUGGAUGCCCGUGCCACCCCCUUCCAGAAGCCAGGCUUCCGCGUGCGCGACGAGUGUCAGCUCCGCAACAAGGCUCUGACAUGGGAGCUCUUCCAAGCCUGCCUCUCCCAGGGGGAGGUCGAGUGGCAUGACCUUCAGCAGGUGGCCGCGCGAUUCGGCGUCUUCGACCCGACGAGCUCCGGGGAAGAAGCCUUGAGGUUGCGGGUUUCCAGACUUCUUGAGGAGUACGGCCCACAAGUUGCGGUGGCGAUCCCUGACCUCAUGCGCAUGUUUGACAUCAAAGUCCUUGAGGGGCUGAUAGCUAUGGAAGAGGACAUCACGCAUAGCGACGGAAAAGUGGCCGACCGGGCUUUCGCAGCCAUGGGCGCUGGAGUCCAGCACCUGGGGCAUCCUGACCUGGAAAAGCUGCUGAAUGCCAGGUUUUUUCCGGCACAUGUCCUGCUGAAGGUUGUGCAGGGCUUGGCUGCUUUGGGCAAGAGAGACCCUGGCCUGGUGCUGGCAAGCCUGGCGCUGGCCAUGAAAAAUGACGAUGCCGACGUUCGGGAGGCAGCUGUGCAGGCGGUGGUUGGCAUGGGCACUGCUGACCCCACUUGGGUGCUGCCCGCCCUGGCGAAGACCCUCGGUGAUGCUAGGUUGGGCGCAGCCCAGUUUGGUGAUGCUAGGUUGGACGUGGCCCAGCUAAUCCUCCUGGCUCUGCCGGCCUUGCCUGAGCUGGCCAGCGGCUGCAUGCUGGAGCUGUCCAGUCUGCAGGCACUGCAGGCGGUGGCGGCGGAUGCUAACAGCAACUGGCAAGUGCGUGCCCCGGCUGUCAAGGCCUUGGGGCUCGCGUGCACGAAGGACCUGAACUUAGUUUUGCCAAUCCUGGACAAGGCCGUCUCCGAUGUCUCUUCACAAGUACGCCUUUCAGCCGUCGAGGCGCUGGAUUCCCUGGCUGCAAGGGGUGGCGAGAAGACCUCGAUAGUCCCUCUUCUGCAAAGGGCCUUGAAAGAUAGACAUUCCAAGGUCUAUGGCGCCGCUCUCCGUGCCAUUGCCCACCAUGGCUCCCCACACCCUAACACCUAA